AUGCCUAAAAAGGGAAAUAGUGAAGGCUCAAUGAAAUCCACCAAAGACAAAGCUCAAAAGCAAGUCACCAAGAAAAAAGCCGAACCAGAAUCAGACCAAGAAGAAGAAAAGCCCGUAAAGCAUGACGGUAUCCAGCCUAAACGAGCUAGAUCCGCCUACAUCUUCUUCUCAACAGAAAAAAGGCCUGAAAUUUCUGAAGAAUACAAAGGCAAAGAAGCCAUGAAAAAGCUCGGCGCAAUGUGGAAAGAAUGUUCAGACGCUGCCAAGAAGCCCUACAUCGCCUUACUUCCUCCCUUUGAGAGCGAGCAAAACCAUUGGAAAGAUCCCUAUUUUUGCCCAAAGCCCUUUAGGUGAACAAAAAUUUUUGUAAUAUAAAUAUUUUGAUGAAAACAUAUUUUGAUAUAUAAUUUUUUCCUAUGAAAAGCACCAUUUGGCCACGGGGUUGCUUUUUUGGUCCGACCAAAUAAUCUUGGUCAGACCAAAUUAAAAUUUUUAAUCAAUUUUGGUCUGACCAAGAUUACUUGGUCGGACCAAAAAAGCAAUCCCGUAGCCAGUUCAUGGCCAAAUAGCGCUAUUCAUGGGAAAAAAUGCUAUAUAAGUGAUAGCAUUAUAAUGAAAUCCCUAGCUAAUUCUGUUUGCCUGCAUUUUAAAAAAAAAAUUACAAAUAAAUAUUUGCUUUCCAAUUUCGUGAAUUGGUUUUUGUUUUAAAUUUCGAAAAAUAAAAAUUUUCCCCUGUGCGAACAAUGUUUUUUUUGUUCACUCAAGAGGAUAAGAAGUUAGCUGAAAAAGACAAAGAACGCUUUGAUCGUCAAAUGGCCGAAUUCGAAAAAACCGGGGAAUUCCACGACGAAGAUGGAAACGUCGUCACAGAGGACAAACCAAUGAAAAGAAGAAGCAUGAGCGCCAAGGAAAGUGCCGGGACCAAAAGAAAGGCAGGAGGGAAGAAAAAAUGUUAA